ACGGAAAGAUGAUGCUGCACACCUUUUUGCAACACCGUUUGGAGUCGCUCGAGGACCCUCGGUGAAUACAGCUGGAGUGGCCUUCGAUAUUGCAUUACUCUGAAAAUGCCAUUCUGGAAAGGACGGAUAUCUUUGCUGAUAUCCUUGCAGUCAUGGCUGGUGGUUGGUCUCAGCCUUGUUCCCGUUACAGUCGCUGCAGAGCUCACCACUCGAUCGUCAAACACUACCCUUCCUGCUGGCCUUUCGAACCAUGGAAACCCAAACUUGAUCUGCACGCCUACUGGCUGGAGUGACGUUGCGUUCUUUUUCCUCGGCAACUACGCUGCCCAUGCCGGGACAAUUACUCUAUUGCCAGGGGAGGCGACCAUAGAUGCCAUUACAGCGAUGGUCUUUGCUCUUUUGUUCCCGUCUUCAGGAGCUCUACGGGGGAUCUAUUCUAUCUGGAACAGCACCUUGACGCGAGAUCCCUUGCAAACUGCGCUUAAGGCUCAAGCUCUCUGCAUGGUUGUUCGGACGCCCAACUGGCGCCCAAAAUCCGGCGACCAUCUUCACACACUCUCAUACGUGAGUCAGGAUAUGAGCAGAAUGGCCGCAAAAGUUGCACCUUUCUGGUCCUGGAAAAAGGUCCACAACUGGUUAAAAGAACAGCGGAAUCCAGCAGAGGAACUCAAUUCACUGAAACACAGUACCACGCCUCAGAACCCUGUCCGCUUGAGCAUUCAAGCGCCUCCAUGGCUCAGAGGCUCCUACCGCAUUGUUGGACGUCGGAUACACGGUAACCUCCAGCUACCAGAUGGCUAUACUCUGGCUCUGGUUCCGUCCGAUGCACUUGUGGAGAGUUCUGUCCAGAGCACUGACGACUCCGGAGAUUUUGACAUGAACCGCUUUAAGACAGAGCCGAUCGCCGUAUCGUACAGUCUCCCCAAAGCUUUGAUUGCUGUCGCUCAGACGGCCUAUGCUUCAACGACAUUGUAUCGAUCGCGAGGAGAUCAAAUCAGGAGGUACGGAUACGCUGCGUUCGGUCUUACGGUGGUUCCAUAUCUCGUCAUGUCUGUCAUCAACCUGCUCAGCACCUUGAUCACACCGGAAUACUCUGCCUUUUAUUUGGUUGGAUCAGAUAUCAUGAAGGAAGCCCAGGCGCGGGGAGGGUGUUUUCCAAGUGUUGUUGGUCAACUAGUCGGUGAAGAAGUCACCGUCGAUGGCACCUUUAUCUUCUCGGGGUCAUUCAAAGAGUGCAAUGAGGCUCCUGACCACGACUUGAACGUUACUGACGACGACCGUGAAUCUCGCAAAACGUUCGAGUUCGAGUUGACGUCUGUGCAGAUGGACAAUGAUGCAUUUGAAGAACGUCCGAGAAUCAAGGAGUCCGUUGAUACAGAAGGCCAAGAGCCCAAGUCCAACGUUACCUCGGAAAUAACCCCCUUGGAGUCGAUGGCACCGUCAGCAGCCGAACAAAAUAGUUCUGUGAUUUGGGCAUUCAGCCGGACCACUCCCGAGAAUAUUGCGCUCGCCGGCUUCACAGACCCGAUAGAAGAUAAACCCUCGAUUGCGUUUCCGGUGUGCUACAACUUCCAAAGGAAGACCGCCAAGUCAUCUCACCUGGAUUGCAUGUAUCCUUUUUUCAUCAAGCCUGGAUUUGUGCCGAUGCUUUUGCACCUUUUCGCCAGCCCCUCAAAGCUGACUCCGUUGGGACUCCUCCUCGUCGCCGGCGGCAUUUCUCUCGCUAUUAUCGGCGGUAUCUCUCGUUUCCAGUCCGGGUCCAGUACUCUCGCCCAGAGGGCUUGGGUUAUGACAUGGAUAGUUUACGGAACCUAUGCCGGGCCCUUAUGGAGACCCUCGUUAUACAGGCUGUCGGAGGCUUGGAGGCAACUGUUAAGGGCGCGUCGGCGGAAGGAGCUUCCCGACUCUCUAUUCUUCGGCUCUUUCGUUGUCUUACAUGUGUCGCUGCUAGUUGCCUGCAUUUACGCGAUUCCGGCUAUCGGGGGAUUCGUUGUAGUCGCCAAAAUGCUCUGGGAGUAUGGGAAUUGUCGAUUGAUUGAUUGA